AUGCUUCGGAGUAAAGUUUACGAGGUUACGAGGCUGAACUAUGAUUAUGAAUGCAAAGACCAGGACAAAUACGAGAAGGCCUUCUUGAAGCAAGGUGUUCGCGUGCACUACCUCCCUUUCACAGACGGUGACAUACCUUCCAAGGCUGUUGUUGCUGAGUUCCUCAAGCAAUGCAAGAAGGCUUUGAGCAAAGAUGCCACCAUUGCCCUUCAUUGCAUGGGCGGAAUGGGCAGGACGGGGGUUAUGGCUGGCACCCACGCGUCGGCACACCACCGCGUAGAUGGGAGAGCUUUUCACGGAUGGACCCGCAUAUGCAGACCUGGCACGGUGCAGACAGUGAAGCAGGAGGUGCUCUGA